UCACUCUUCGGCACUCGCGCGGAAGAGUCCGUACGCUUUCAGUGGUCGGGGAUAUCGCCGGUCCCUUUAACGGAGUGUCAAAUAUCUCGUUCGGUGUUGUAUCUCGACAGGUCUGAUACCUGGUGACGUGCAAUCGGUUUGGCCGAUCGUGUGUCAGUCGCGCGACCGUCGCAGUGACACGGCGUAGCAAACCGGCGUCGGGUGAGACGCGCGCGCGCGCCGUGAAAAAGCCGGUUCGCGAGCAGUGACGGAGGAAGCGUGAGAUAUAUGGGGAAAUAGAGGAAAGCGGAGGAAACUAGAGAGAGAGAGGGACGUUGUGUGUGUCGUGGGCGACGAAUACGCGAGUUUUCGACAGCGGUUCAAGUGAAGCGAGACGAAUCGGUUACGACGGAUACGCGCACCGGAAGGGAUAUAGAUACAGGAUCGAAUUGAAGGGAGAAGUAUAGUCGGAAGUCUCUCAUAGAGAGAGAGAGAGAGAGAGAGAGGAAGGAAGAGCGCGUUGGUGGUAACACGACGGGAAGGACGACUACGAGAAGAGGCGCAGCGAUACGAAUGAACCGCGCAGACGACGCUACGCGACUCGAGCCGGCAUUUUGACGUUGUGUCUCCCCCUCGUUCCGCGUGUGAUGGAUACUGUCGCGAGCAAGCCGUGCACGCGACGCCAGCAGACAGAACGUCGAGCCGCACGAGUGACGUCGUUGUCGCAGUGAGUUUGCUCCAGCCGUGUGUUUCAUCGGUGACAGUAGCAGCAGCAACAGUAGCAGCAGCAGUAGCAGUAGCAGCAGUAGCCGCGAUAUCAACAGUAGCAACGGAAGCAAUAGCUCGCUCUUCGCAACGACGUGGGAGCGAGAAAGAGAGGAGAGAGAAAAAGAGCGAGCGAGCGAGAUAGAGCUUUUCGGCGCGUAGUGCGCGCGCGUUCGCGGAAACCGGAACAAACCGGGAUACGGACUGCUUCGGGAAGUGUGCGCGGCUGUAUCGCCUCGCGUCACGUCGUGUCGCGUCGCUCCAACCGUCCCUCUAAUCGCGAUCGCGGCAGCCGUUCUGUCCGCGCGUUCUCGCCGUCGUAGCCGCCGCGUUCCCUCGCGAUCACGGAGUGGAGCCUCUCUCUCUCUCUCUUUCUCUCCGAUGAUACGCACGUGCGCUCGCCGCUACCUGCUUCGCUUACGUGCGUGCGUGCGCGCGAGUAAUCGUCGCGAGUUGUACGCGCGUCGUCCACGCUCGACGCGCGUUCAGUGAAUCGUUUGUUUUGCCGCGUUGUUUUUGCGCGUGCCACCGAACGCACAAGAGAGUGAGUGACGCCGGUGCUCGUCGGUGCUCCGAGAGAGAGUUCGUCUUAUCGUCGCCGGUCGGUCGGUCGCUCAUUCGUUCCUCGCGUUAACACGCGACACAAGUAUAGCGAGGGAAAGAGAGUGCAAGUACAGCGGAGGGCCGUCGCGAGGGACUUAGCCGCGCGUAGCCAUGGAUAUCCUGCCGAGCGGUAAUAUAUUCCGGGAGCUGCAGGACAUACACGACACCGGAUACUUCUCGGCCCAGCCGUCGCUCGAGGAUCAUUGGCAACAGACAUGCUACGAGAUGGAGAGGUACCUGAAGGACGAGCCGAAGUUGCAGUCGUACAAAAAACUCCCCACGGAACUGGACACAACGCCUUGGAACCUCUUCAGGGCGCCGCCGAUUUCGUGGACAGCUUCCACCGGGACGAACACACAAUUCGAUCCCCCAAUCAAAAUGGAGGUGACGACGUCGUCAGACGAAAGAGAUCCCCUCUGUCUGGACGACAUCAAAUUCAGUCCCGGCGAUCAUAAUGACAAUGGCCGCGAUAGGGACCUUCUGGAUCGUCACCUCGAUUCCUUGUCGAUGUCAUCGUCGAGUUCGGCGUGUUCCGCACUGUCCUGGGACAGUUCACCCUCUCUCUCGUGCACAGCGCUCAUUCUAAAAAAGGAGCCCAGCGAUCUCGAAGAGGAUGAGGAACACGAGGAGAUCGAGGAGGAGGAGGAUAGCGGGUGCGAAAGCGAAGGUCAGAUCCUGACGCCACCGCCGAGUCCUGGGUCGGGUCAAGGUCAUUCCAACUCCAGUCACUCGUCGAGUGGGAGUUCGAUGCUCGACGUGCACAACCUCAACCUUCACGGCGUAGGCGGCAGGAGCGCUAUCGUCAGGGUCACCACCAGCAACGCGCAGGGUGUCGCAAGACUGAUCUCCGUCACGGCGAACGGCUUCCCUGCGGUCGCCGGCACGCAACACGUGCUCGCGAGUGCGACCGCGACCGCGACCACCGUAGCCAACAGGCACCACGUGAGGAGCAACGAGCACAGUCCGCCCGACACGAAGCGCAGACUACACAAAUGCCAGUUUCCUGGAUGCAAGAAGGAGUACACCAAGAGCUCGCACCUGAAGGCCCAUCAAAGGACGCACACGGGGGAGAAGCCGUACAAGUGCAGCUGGGAGGGCUGCGAGUGGCGAUUCGCGCGCUCGGACGAGUUGACGCGCCAUUACCGCAAGCACACCGGCGCGAAGCCGUUCAAGUGCCGGCACUGCGACCGAUGCUUCUCCCGCAGCGACCAUCUAGCUCUCCACAUGAAGAGACACCUGUAAUCAAUCGUCUCCGCGGACGGUCCCGGUCGCGCGUCACACUCGGCCGCGGCCAGGACCGUCGGGACUUCUUCCUCGUGAAGAUCGCGGGGAUCUUCGACGUCUGCGCGGGGGAAUCACGCGAUCCAGUAUCUUCCGGGGUCACCAGUAGCAUGCCGCAAGUAGAAGAGGAUCGACCCCGUCGCGUAUCUACACUCGACGAACAACCAUCACGACCGCAGAGAUCUACACAAGUCGCUUCAUUAGGGCGAUAUCCGACGAGAGACGUCGAAUUCCGCUCAAAUUCGGCGCGAAUUCGUCCUCUCGGGAGGGGGAUCGCUGUCGUGAAGAUCGAUGAUCAGCGAGACGUCGUACCGAGACGAUUGAAGAUCGAGUUCGUGUCUAAGACGAGACGCACGGAGGCUAUUUUGACGUAACCAUGAUAACGAGGAAGCUUGACGAGCAAUCGGCCGAUCGGCCGAGGGGAUAAUGAGUUGAGCGAGAAGAGUCACGCAUUUUCGCGUUGUGAACUAACAUCAGAUCAGUGUGAAGAGGCAAAAAAACGAGGAAGGAAUGAGAGAAAAGAGGAGGGGGGAAGAUAUAUAUAUAUAUAUAUAUAUAUAUAUAUAUAUAAAUACGCGAUCGAUAACAUUCGUCCCUAAGAGCUAAAUGUAUGGCGCGAAACGAAUCUUCGGCCCCGGUAACUCGUGCGAAUUUGAGGAGACGGAAACGUCGACGGUUAGCAAAGAUCCAGCAAGAGACUGCAGCCAACGUAAUAUAAGAGAAAGAGGCCUCCGGAGAAGGGAGUAGCUGAAUAAAAGAAGAAGAAGAAUCGCCCGAGCCACGCACGCACGGGGGAAGUCUCGCACGAGAGACGUCAAUCACUGCCAAUUCGUUACAUUCUAAGAUCGGCGCUACCGUCGAGGAUUUCAAGCCGCGACUUCGCGAACGGAGAGAGGUCCUCGAGAAGGGGAGGAAGCGCGAGGAAAAGAGAGAGAGAGAGAGAGAGAGAGAAUCGAUCGGGGAGAAAGCCUAAGUUUUCGUCGAUCCUCAAAUCGUCGCUGCGGCGCGCAAGCACGAGCGCGGAUACUCGCUCGCGAUUCAAUUGCAAUAUUCGACGAAGAACGUAACACGCGCUCUGCACCACACGAAUCGUCUGCCCCUCACGAAAGAGAGCGAAAAGAGAACAAUAUGAAGAAAGACAAACGAAGCAAACGAAGAAGAGACGAGCGAGCCGACGAUGGUCGUCGCGGGUGGUGUCCGCGAGCGGCGUCGCACUAAAGAAAAAGAAAAAAAAACUAGAGAAAAACGUAGGGAUUUCGCGAGGACAAUAAAUGCAGACUGUCGGUGCCAAACGUUCUUUCCUUUCUCUCUUGCUUUUCUUCGGGAGCUCGACGCGAGGUCAGCCCUCGUGGCUGAAGUCUCGCGUUCACGCGGCCGCUCGCGGAUCCAUCGCCCUCGCUCUCGUCCUCGUCGUCGUCGUCGUCGUCGUCGUGUCCCCACGAUACGAUAUACAACAAGCCCCAACACACCGCCCCCGCAACGGAGAGUCGAUGCGGACACGCGGCGCGGUAAUUGAAUACGUGAUUUCGGCCAGUUUCGACGGCAGCGAGAUUUAGCGGUGCCGGGGCGCUAAUCCCGAAUUUACAGUGCGAAUUACAAUUAUGCCGCGCCGACUCUCCCGCUAUGCCGCGCUCUGCCGUUAGAAGUCGCGCGCGAAGAAGAUCCACUGCGCGUCCAAGUGUGUUACUUCUCGACGAUCCGGCUGAGGCUCUCUCCCGCCAAGUUCCGUCAUUUAACGCACGUUUAAGACGAAUUGUAAUUUCAUACGCGUUCAUGCACGUGUCAAAUGACGCGAAAUGAUAGGAAACGAUAGAGCGUGGAAAAAGAGAUUCAGCCAAGAUAACACACUUGGAUUUGCGGGGUUGUCACAGAGGCGCGGUCCGACCGUUUUCGCUUUGCCACUUAGGGCUGAUUUCCGUUCAAUGCCAAUUUGCACCUGAGCUUUCCGAGUUCGUAGUCGAUAAAGUUACUCGUUGCGCACACGAUUCGUCGCGAUCGCGACGCUACCCCCAGAGGUAAUUUUCACGCUCUUAUGUGACAGAUUUUCUCCGAGCCUUGCAUGCCGCGGUGAGAGGAACGAGGAGAGAGAGAGAGAGAGAGAGAGAGAGAGAGAGAGCACAGAGAGGCAUUCUCUCUCACACAUUUAUUUGUCCGGCUCUGUAGGGACGUUAUCUCGGAGCGUGCGCGAGCGGGGGAAGCAUUCGUCGGGACGAUCAUCACGCGAGAAACUCAGCAGAAUACAAAUAAUAUAUAUAAUAUAUUUUUUAAUAUUCUCGUCAUACUCUCUCAUUGCGAAACAAUGUAGAUAAAGAUGAUAUAUACGGGCAGUAAUGAUACGCAUAAGACUUUCGUGCACUCUUCAUGUAGCCGAGCAUUUCGCGAAUUAUUCCCCGCCUCGCGCAUGCAGAGAUCGACGUCGGACAGCCCUUAUGAUUCUUUUCCCGUGUAUUCGCGAGCGCGUCAUCGAUUCCGUCAGAGCAACGCCGAACGUCGUCACGAGAUCGCUCGUCUCGUCUCGCGCGUCAUCGAUCUGUGUCAGGAGGUCCCAACAUUACGAUACAUUAUAUAAUUAAGAGAUGUACACCGCGCGCCCAACGAUACGAUCGGGUACAUUCCGGUGCAGACGCCACCGAGAAAAACAAGAGAAGAGAAAAAAAGAAAAGGGCAAAAAAAUGCGCACAGAAAAGAUCGCGAAGGAAAAUCGUUGCAGCGCGCACUCAUCAAAAAAAGCGAGGGAAGGAGGGAACUUCGAGAAGCUAUGACCCUCUCUCGCCUGACAUAAGAGACGGAAUAGCCGAAGAGAUGAGAAAGAAAUUAACUAAAUUUUAAAUGUUCAGUGGCCAAAUAAAUUAAUUGAUACGCACGUAGAACCUAAUGAUACCGUACCUAUUGAGUAAGCCCGACUGACGAGUGUCGGCACGGUUUCGUGCGAAUGCAUGUGUAAUGCUUGCGAGAGUGCGUCUGUGUGUGUUUGCGUGGGGCGUCAAUGCGCGCGUGUAUACGUGUCUCUGCAUGUGUGAUGUGUGUGUGUGUGUUGUGCGUGUGCGUGCGUGUAUAUGUGCAUGUGUGUGGAUAUGCGUGAGUGAGUGAAUGUUGCAUGCGAGUACGCGCCGUGGGUUAAUUCCAAGCCGCAGAAAGGUGAGGAAUCCAAGGUAAGAGACGAGCGGAACACUGAGUUUGUAUAUUGUGCAAUUUUUUCAAUGUUUCAUUAUUUGUUACCAUGUUCAUGAUUAAUUAUAAAUAAAUAAAUAUAUAUAUAUGUAGCAUUUACAAUUUUAGGAUAUAUAUAUAUAUAAACGGCCGUGAAGCCACAGACGUCUUUUUGAUAGCCAUAUUCGGAUACCGUGGUCGUCGUCGCACUCGCGACAUCCCCCUCCUGCACCCUCACCUCUCCCCACCCAGAGCCCCCUCACCAACCACCCCGAUCUUCUUUUCCGAGAGAGAAAGAGAGAGGGUGAGAGAAAGAGAGAGAGAGAGAGAGAAAGUGAGAGUGAAAGAGAACGAGAGAGAAAGAGAGAGGAGAAAAAGUGAGAGAGAAAGAGAGAGAGAGAAAGAGAAUGAAACUGAGAGCGCAAGUGUAGGGUAAGUGUACAAGAGAAUAAAAAGAAACGACCGCGCAAAAGAUUCGCGAAGUCUCGUCUCUGACCUCGACGGCCUCUCGUUAAAUUUCAUGUCCGGCCGCUGGAAACGAAAGUAAUACCGAAGACAACGGUCAUAAUCGCGCGGUUCUCUCGUUAGAGCCGGAGUCCACGCGUGUAUAAUUCGGCCCUCGGACUGCUCGCGUUACCUCCGCAGCUGGAUUCCGUAUUUAGUCGUGAUCGGGUGGUGAGUCGGAAGCGCGAGAAGAGGGACGCCCCGUCCUCUCCCGCGGAUAAAAGGUCCUUGUCGUCACGACGAGCGUCUCCCGGUAAUUUCCAAUCAUGGCGCGACCAACGAGCUCUAUAGAUAUAUCGCUAAGCGAGCGACGCGAGCGUGUCGUUUCAAAACGAGAUCGGAGGCGACCGCGUGCGUGCGUGCGCGCGCGCUCGCGAAAUCGCACGGAUAAUUGAAAAAUUUAUCGCGCGGGGGAGCGAGAGAGCGAGAGAGAAAGAGAGAGAGAGAGAGAGAGAGAGAGAGAGAGAGGGGUGUGACACAAGCGCGGACACUUCUAAUAUAAAUAAAAAGUAGCUAGACGUUUAGAUAGGUAGAUGGUUAGCUAAAUCGUUAGAUAGGCAUUUAGAUAGGCAGAUCAAUAGAUUGAUGAACGGAUAUAGAGCGUGUGCAUGUUUGAGACAGAUAGAAAGGGAGCGCGAAAGAGAAAGAGAGAAAAUAUUAUAUAUAUAAAUAUAUAAAUAUAUGUAGGUAGAUGGUUAUACAUAGGUAGAGAUGUAAGUACCUAAGAAAACUCUAAGAAACCUUAGAAGAAGCAGUAUCGUCGUACGAGAUAUGAUAAGUGAACAUAAGUGUUUUAUGAUACUCGCGUACAAGAGGAACGAAAAAUGAAUACCGUGGAAUAAAGAAUAAAAAGAGCGCAUAAAUAAAAUUAAGUUAUUAAAAAAAAAAAAGUAAAAAACACUGUACGAUUAUGAUUGUAUUAUCGUGGUCUAAGGUAUUUUCAGUCAUGUUGUAUAGUAACUGUAAAUUACACGACUUUAAAAGAAAGAGAGGAUGCGAGAGAGUCGGAGAAAGCGAGAAAGAGAGAACGAGCGAAAGAGAGAGAAUGAGAAAGAACGAGAGCGAGAGAGGGAGAGAAAGGAAGAGGAUGGCAGGGAGAACGGACAUGAAGAGUGCGGCGCGACUCGAUUAGCUUUAUGUAGAAAAAAAGUAAGAGCAUAGAAGCAGAAAGAACAAAUCGGAGAAAAUGAAGUCGACGGAACAAAUGAGCGACAUCGGUCGAGUUUUGCGGAAUUUGUAUAAUGAGUGCCCCCGGAGAUGUCAACGUAGAAUGAACGAAUUGCAAAUGGAAUGAAAGCCAAGAAACAGGUAUGAGCCCCCUUUUAAUACGGUAAUGUUAAUAAUAAAUAACAAAUACUUGCGGCAACAGGGAACUGCAACGAGCGUGACGCUAGAUAGCUGUAACCACGUAAAUUACGAAGCAUUUACCACCGUACGAGUGGAAGGAACAGAAAUUCGAUGCUACUACUACUACUACUACUACUGUAACGAUUACGAGAAAAAAGAAGUAUUAAUUAUCGAUUUGUCGCAAUGCAGAACGUCUGCAAUAUACCUGCGACAAUUCUUCGUACGUUUUUAUUGUUAACGUUUCUUCUUAGUUUUUUCUACAGUUAGUCCGCUGCAAAAUUUAUUUUUCUUUUUCAGCAAAAAUUACAACCCCUGCUUUAUAACAGAAAAGAUAUUCCUGUGAUAAUUCUUCGCAUGUUUUCAUGUUUACCGUUUCCUUUUAAAUUGUUCUGCAGUUAGUCUACGCAAGAAUUGUAUAUUUAUUUAUCUAUUUUCAACGAAAGUGACAAUAUCGACGAGAAGCAAAUCUUAUUUAAAGGUCAACCAAGUCAUCAAUUUUCUUUUUGCGUUCGUAUGUACAUUGCGGACGUCAUGUGUUGCCAAAUACGCACUCAAAACGCUACACUGAUAACCGAACUGAUAGAACUAAUAUUAUUUUUGGGGAAUUAUCUUCCCCCGUUAGAGAAAAGUUAAAUAGGUAAUGAAAAAAAAAA